AUGACAGAAAUCGAACAGUCGUCAACUCCAGGCAUUCCUUUGCCACCACAACCUUCCGCGCCGACGAAGUCUGAUCCUAUCGACACCAGCAGCCAACAAAGUGAACAUAGAGAGAUCCAGGCCCCUCCUGUCGACGACAGACACGAUCGCGAGGCACGACGCGAAAGCAUACCGACCCCAGAAGACAACAAUCCUGGCAAAGAUACCCCUACACUACUACGCAUGGCCAUGUUUACCGCAAUGGCAGUCUGGGUCAUACUCGCGUGCUACGAGGGCAUUUCACACAUUCCCGGUGCUCAUCCCAUCACCGCCGCGCUCGCCACGGUCUUGAUCUGUACCGCAAUCACUUCGUUGCAGCCCUCCUUCCUUCGCAGCUUCAUCUGCAUCAUAUUCUACGCUCUCGGCUCCCUAGCAACAGUCAUCCAGACAGCGGUCCAUGAGGGUUUUGCCCAUGGCUCAGAGAGUCACUCUAGAUCCUCCUCACGCCAACGUAGUUCUGGCAGCUCAUCACCAAAACCAAAGCCCGCGGUCCCAAAGAAGAGUAGCCGUAUCAGUAAUAUGAAGAUUUAG